UGUAGGACAGGUACACAACUGCUUGGUCUACACAAGUAGGACAAGUACACAACUGCUUGGUCUACACAAGUAGGACAAGUACACAACUGCUUGGUCUACACAAGUAGGACAAGUACACAACUGCUUGGUCUACACAAGUAGGACAGGUACACAACUGCAGGCAGGCGGGCGUGUCAUUCCGACAUGGAGAACAAGGCGGACAUCAAAUCCAUCAUGGCUCGCUUCCAAGCGGGCGCCAUGGACGAGAGCGCUCCGUCACCGCCGGGACGACCCAAGGCGCCCCUCAACCUCACCCUCUCCAGCGGCCCCGCCCCCCUGCCCAAGAAACCCGUCUUGGAGAGCCUCUCGGGCGGCGGCACACCUCCCAAACCGUCUCACCUCAGAAACCCGGCGCUUGGACCCAACAAAACCAAAGUCCUGGCAAACAGGUUUGACCGCGGCCAGGAUGGGACCGGUAAAGUCCUCGAUCGAGGACCCGGGAAGACUCCCGAAGCUUCAAGUCCGACGCCAAAGCGAGCCCUCAAGCCGACCAUCUCCAUCCCCAAACCCACAUUCCCUAAACCUCCUCCGGCCGCCAGCAAGCCCAGCGGCGGCUCGUCCCUGGCCCCGGCGCCGACCCCGGCCCCGGACCCGGACCCCGCCACGCCGCCCAGAAUGCCCACUUUGCACCAGAGACCCGGCAGCAGCUUGGUGAGACUCUGGCAUCAGAGUGAGGCCAACGCGGACCACGCCCCACAGGGGGUCCUCCAAGACAGUCAGGUGGUCCCUCCUCCCAGGCCUCCAACCAGCAAGAAGCCCAGCUUGAAGAAACCCGCCUCGCAGCAUUCUCACAACCACGACGCUAACAAUCUCGUUAAUGGCGGCGCUAACGGCGACACCGCCUCGGGACCCAAACGCAACCCGCUCCCAAACAGUCUGACUCUGGGUCCUGCUCCGGCUAAGCCUGCCAGACCCCCUAAGGUGGACCUGGAGGACUUCAGAAGAUCUGCUGGAAGUGGUACUUUCGACAGAAGCGUGCCCCCGACGACUUUGGCUCCUGGUAACCAUAGCAACCACACCGCCCAGCCGCCUCAAAGUGCACUCCCAAGUCUGCCGCCGCGACCCUUCGGGAGCACCAUGCACCAAGAAGAGUCCUACGACCACAUCGAGGACGUCAGGAAGAAGUCUCCGCCUCCUCCUCCUCUACCGCCGUCCACAGCUCAUCCAAGUCAGAGGGCCAAGGAGGAAGAAGACGAGGGCAGCAGCGACGAUAUGUACGAGCCUCUCGAUGAACCGUGGGAAGAAGAGGAGAAGAAGAAAGAGGAGAGAAGACAACUGGAGGCGGAGAAGAAGGAGCAGAAAUGUCGAGAGAAGAAGGAACAAGAAGCCAGGAAGAAAUUCAAGCUGGUGGGCCCCUUGGAGGCGCUCCAUCAAGGCAGGGCCUGUGCGGACUGCAGGGGCAGUAAGACGGAACUGGCACUGAAGCGAGGAGACGCCUUGGACGUCAUCAGAGUCCAAGGCAACCCUGAGGGCAAGUGGCUGGGACGCAAACAGGAUGGAAGCAUCGGCUACGUGAAGACCACGUCGGUGGAGAUCGACUUCAACUCCCUGAAGAGCCAUCAAGCCCAGCAGGUGUCCAAGUUUGACGUCUACGACGACGUGGACGUGGCCUCGUCGGACAGCAGGUGACAAGGAGCACUCGUUGCAAGGCGUCUGUUUCCCGCAGUUGUCCUACCGCCGCCGCCCCCGGACGAGGACUGGGAAAUAUACAACGAUGUCAUAGAUCCAGACUUGGAUGUCAGUCCCCUCCAGUCCAGGUUCACCGUCAGCAAGCCUCACGUUCUCCUCAAGUUGUUUGACAGAAACCGACGUCCCGCCAGGGCUAAAGUAUUGCCUCCACCCAGCCAGUUCACAGCAGAAGACAAUUCAGGUGCAAUUGACGAGAUCUACUGUGACGUUGACGCCCAAAACCAGCCGCCGCCUCCGCCCAUCAGCAGCAUUCCCGGCUUAAAAGGCAAAGGCAAGGCUGACGCGUCGAACCCAAAGAAGCUGAAAAAGUUUGAGAAGGAGGAGAAAGAGUUCAGGAAAAAGUUCAAAUACGACGGGGAGAUCCAGGUGCUGCGCCAGGCCAGCAUCACCACCUCCUCCGCUCUGGUCAACAAGAAGUGGGGCGGCAAGGAUCUGGCGGUGCGAGCCGGGGAGAAAGUGGACGUGGUGGUGAGGACCGGCGAGGACAAAGUGGUCUGCAGGAACCAGGAGGGCAAAUUCGGUUACGUCUCCACCUGCCACAUCGCCGUGGAUGAUGGAGACAUUUAUGACGACGUUGGCGACGAUUGCAUCUACGACAACGAAUGAGUGAAUGCAUCCCCGGUAUAUAUACAUACAUACAUAUAUACACAUACAUAUGCAUGUGUAUAUGUAUAUAUAUACUAUACAUAUGUAUAGUAUAUAUAGGUUUUUUAUAUAGUAUAUUUAUAUAUACUACUUUUUUAUUGUAUUAUAUUUAAUUGUGUUUGGAGCAGCUUCACUUUGCAAGUAGAAACUAUUAGCGGCUUUCUGCCAUUUUUUGGUUCUCAGACACAUGUCAACAAACAAGCAGCAUCAGUAUUUACAGAUUAUUAUCAUUUAUGUUGCUCAUUUAUUCUCCAGCGUUUCACUAUCCUUAUGGACAUUAGAAGGCCGUUAAACUCCUUUUCAUUGCUAUCAUUACACAAUUUUCUUAUGCAUUUGCACUCUAAAUUAAAUCUGCAGAUAACUCAAAUUUAUGGUAUAUUUUUGUAAAUAGAAAAAAAAAUGCCGCAGUUUUGGGGUUUUUUUUACAGAAAAAUAAUGGCAGCUCAGUUGCCAGAAUUUUACUUUAAAAAACUUUUUUUAAUUUAAAUGAUUGUGUUCAGCAUAUUACUUUGAAUAGGAAAAACAGUAGAACUUGUUUUUUAAUAGGAACAAUUAUUAUUAUUAUUAUUUUUUGGACGGUUGUUUUUACAGUGUAUUAACGCAAGUGGAAAAACGAUACCAUCGGGGUUUUUUAAUACGGGAAAAAAUGGUAGGUCAGUUGCCAGAAUUUUACUGUAAAAGUUAUUUUUUCCAGUAUAUUAAUUACUUUGAAUGCACAAACAUAUCUACUUUUAAAGAGUAAAAUUCUGACAACUGAGCUGCCGUAUCCUUUUUUUUUUAGCAUAAAAUCUCAACUGUGGUUUUUUAAAUCAGUACAAUAUUUUUUUUUUACAGGGAUAACAAGGCAAUUUACCCUAAAAAAAAAAACAGUGGUACUGUUUUUCCAUUUACACACGCUGUAAAAAAAACAAACAAACAUAUACUUCGCAUAAAAAGUUAUAUUACCGUAAACUAUUGUCAUUUUUACUAUGUACAAUUUGAUGGAUAACUUGCAUAAGCCCGGCCGAUAUUUAACUAUUUAUUUUAUCUUAGCAAAAAAAAAAAAAGGUUUGGAAUGUAUCAUAAUUUAUUAUUUGUUUCAUAAUUAGAGAUGCGUAUGUGUUGCUUGGCAACAUAAAUCGUGUACAGUGAUAUGUGUGAUGUAAAUAUAUUAUACCAUGAUUAUGCAAUAUUUUCUUUUGGUAGUUCAAUAAAUAUGACCCUGAGACCAAA